CUUGCCACGGCCAGACAUGACGGAAAAACCAGGUUAAGAACAGCUAAAAGUCAGAAUCUCGCAGCAAAGUAAGCUUGAAACAGAACCAAGAAGAAAGCCUUUAUAAGCUUUCCUAGGGGUGGGGUUAGGGACGAGUUUUUCAUUGGUCCUAACAUGGCUCCAGAAACGGCCAAUAAAAUCAAGAGUUGGUGUUGUUACGUAGGUAUUACUGAAAACGCAAGGUCCCUACAUGGACCAAUGGAAAUGAAAGACUUUCGGAGCCCUAAUUUGCAUAAGGUGGUUAUAAAGGGCUCGGACCCGCCCAUUCUCAUACUUCUUUUCUUUGCUAAAUCGUGCUGACCUUGUGUCUUACCAUGCCUGAACCGGCAAAAUCCGCUCCGGCUCCCAAGAAGGGCUCCAAGAAGGCCGUCACUAAAGCCCAGAAGAAGGACGGCAAGAAGCGGAAGCGCAGCCGCAAGGAGAGCUACUCCAUCUACGUGUACAAGGUGCUCAAGCAGGUCCACCCCGACACCGGUAUCUCGUCCAAGGCCAUGGGCAUCAUGAACUCGUUCGUCAACGACAUCUUCGAGCGCAUCGCCGGCGAAGCGUCCCGCCUGGCCCAUUACAACAAGCGCUCCACCAUCACCUCCCGUGAGAUCCAGACUGCCGUGCGCCUGCUGCUGCCCGGCGAGCUGGCCAAGCACGCCGUGUCCGAGGGCACCAAGGCGGUCACCAAGUACACCAGCUCCAAGUGAGUCCCUGCCCGGCCGCCCGACUCCAAAGGCUCUUUUCAGAGCCACCCACUUAAUCACUAGGAAGAGCUUUGUUCACUUUUCUGUUAGUUCCUUUUUAUGAAGUAAGUUCUAGUUUAAAAGUCAUAGAAAGUGGCACACGUAACUUCUUAAACGUUUGUGACUCGAGGUUCCCAGCGCAUGACUGGAUUUGCUGUUAAAUCUACAGCGCAUCUCUACCCCUGCCGUGCGUCUCAGCUUUCCUAGGAGGAAGCUCUAAAGUGGGAUGUUGAGAAUGUUCCCCUAUUCACCCCCGCCCCUGCUUCGUUCAGGCUGUGUCCAGGCGACUUUGUUUAGUAUGUUUUUUCGUCCUAAAGCCAAGUGGCUAAUUGCGGCCAGAAUUUGAGAGGACACUCCAAGACAGAACUAAGCCCGGGUCCUCCGGACGCUGGGUGACAGGCCUACGGCUGAAGCUUGGCAGCGGCUUGUGUCGGCUCACCAGUCCUACGCUGCGAUGUGGGUACCCGCAGUUCUGUGCUCUUUGCGCGGAGCUGGCGCUGCCGGGUCCCAGCCUUUUUCUGAUUGGGCGAUAGGAUAUUCAAAAUCUCGCGCCGCCGCGGAAUUCGUAGACUUCGAUUUCCGCCUCUCGCUUUGGGGCUUUGAAAUCUUUACUAUUUCUCGGGUUGUGUAUUAUAUUUGCAUUUAAUACUCUCUGCUUGGAAUGCUCUGGUCCCAGGUUACUGCAAGGCACUGGUCAUUUUUUUUUUUUUUUUUUUAAAGAUGACCAGUAAGGGGAUCUUAACCCUUGACUUGGUGUUGUCAGUACCACGCUCAGCCAGUGAGCGAACCGGCCAUCCCUAUAUGGGAUCCGAACCCGGGGCCUUGGUGUUAUCAGCACCGCACUCUCCCGAGUGAGCCACGGGCCGGCCCCAAGGCACUGGUCAUUUUAGAUCUAUGCUCAAAAGUCACUUCUCAGAGACCUUCCCAGGUCAUUCACUCAGGAAUUCGCAGCUCUCGGUCCUGCUUGUCUGUUUUAUCUUCCUCCUAGCAGCUGUAUGAAAUUGGUUCGUUUGCUUUCUUGUUUAUGAUCUUUCUCCUUAAGCCCGUGACAGAGACUUUGCUGGUCUGGUUUUUCACUAUGUAUUCAGCCUCAAUCUGCCUGGCGUACAGUGGACACUUAAAUACUAUUUACUGAAUUAGUAUUGAAUUACAUUUUAUAUCCCACCUCUUUCUUAGUCACUUCUCUAGACAGAUGGAUGCUGUUCGUUUCUGUUAGAAGUAUGCGAAGACUCAAUGAAAAUGAAAAUAUUUAUGGAGCUCCUCCAAAUUUCUUUAGUCACCUCAAGUGCAACAGCUGGGAGGGGGGCCUUUUUGCAUCUGAGAGGAGGUGGAAAUGCUAGGUCCUCCCUUUUCGCUUCGAGUUUACUGUCACCUUUUUUUGAUUUUCAUUAAAUUCAGAGUGUUGGUCACUGGAAAGAGAAUUUUUCCUUCUUUUCUUACCCCUUUCCCACCAAUCCUGAUUCUCUGUUCCCCACUGAGAUGAGAUUUUAAUUUCCACUCACCACCUUAUUUACUUGGUCAGUCCUGCAAGAUAGACAGGACUGCAGAGUCAAUAUCCUUUUUACAAAUGCGGUUGAGAGAAGCUAAGCGAUUGGUCCGCUGGUCAUGCAGCUAACACUGCCCACCAUAUUUGUAUCUUCAGAUGCCAGGACAGUUGCAUUUUAGUUUUAUUUUGUGGAAUUUGAAUCUUUUUGUCCAAGCCGUGAUUUUGCUGAUGAAGACACUGAUGUUCUGAUCAGUUACUCAACUCUGCUCUUGGUUAAGGGCUUCUGGAGUUGGUUGGAGAUGUUUCAUGAAUCCAAAUAAGCUCCAGACAUUAUCAUAGACUUAAUAAAUUUUAUGUUUCCUGCAUGUGUGUUUUCAGAUGUGUAUAGAUGCUAUUGUUGUUAAUAAAGUUACCAAUUAAUUUAAAUGCA